AAAAUAUGAACAGAUUCUGUGAUUAUAAAUCUUGUCAAUACUUCAUUAAAUAACCUACAAUAGAAUAAAGAUCUAAAUUGAAUAAGGUCAUGUGUCCAUUAUGUAUGGGUGCCAACUAUUGUAGUACUAGAUGUAGAGAUCUUGAUUGGUAAAUUUUUAUAUGAUAUUAAAAAGGCCAAUAUAUCAUAAAGAUAUUUGCAAAAAGUCAUAGCCAGAUAGAGCACGAUCUUGUAAUGAUACUAUUGAUUCUUGUUCAACAACAAGUGUGAGAAGAAAGCCAGAAGAGUUUGAAAUUAUAAUGAUUGGGAGUAAGUAAGAGUUAGGUAGAGGAUCAUAUGGUUCAGUUAAAUUAGUCAAAGACAAAUAGAAUGGCUUAUUGUAUGCAAUGAAAAUUGUAAGAAUGUGAUUAAAAUUUGUAGAUGAAUAAGAGAUAAGUUUUUGAAUAUUGUUCAGUAGAAAACCUGAAAAGGGAGAUAAAAAUACAACGUAAAUUGGUUCAUCCUCAUAUUUGCAAAUUAUAUCAUUAUUUUGAAGAUAAGGAAAAUGUUUAUUUGAUACUUGAAUAUGCAUGUAUUAUGUUUAUUAAAUAGAAAAUGGAUCUGUUUUUAAUUACAUAAAAAAACGAUCAAAAUUACCUGAAAAUGAAGCAUUUGUUUAUUUCUUCUAAACAUGUUUGGGCAUAGAUUAUCUACAUAAAAAUAAGAUUAUCCAUAGAGAUUUAAAACCAGAAAAUUUACUAUUGGAUCAUGAUGGUAAUGUGAAAAUAUGUGAUUUUGGUUGGAGUGCUGAAAGUUUAACAGAGAAAAGAAUGACUUUUUGUGGAACAUAUGAAUAUAUGGUAUAUUUAUUUAUUUAAAUAUCUAGGCACCUGAAAUGUUAAAUAAGCAACCACAUGAUUUCAGUUUAGAUGUUUGGAGUUUGGGUAUAUUAUUAUAUGAAUUAUUGCAUGGAAAUGCACCAUAUAGAGGAAAGAACAAUGAAGAAUUAGGAAAUAAAAUAAAAUCUGGAUAACCUAUCAAUUUUGCAUCGACAUUAUCUAAUGAAGUUAUUACACUUAUUAAAGGAAUCUUAAAAUAUAUUCCUGGAGAACGUUUAACAAUGGCCUAAAUUUUUGAUCAUCCAUGGAUGGUUAAACAUGCUGCUAGUUAUAAAAUUGAUAUUUGGACUUUUGUUUAUAAAACUUAAUAUCCAACAAGAUAAAUUCCAACUGCCAAUUUCCAAUAGAAAUAAAAAACAAUUGAGAUUUAAAAAAAAGAAACAUUAUCUAGACCUAUUUCAUAAGAUUACAAUAAAUUAAAAGAAUAAUCUAUAAAUAAUAAUAAUACUAUAGAUUAUAAGGCUUAUUAGAAUGAGUACAAUAAUAUUAAUAAAUAAGAAGAUUUUAAUAAACCUAGAAUUAGUAGAGUAUCAAAUAGAAAUGAGAUUAUGAUGCAUCAACAUUAAUUAUAAUAAUAAUAAUAAGAAGAGAAAUUAACUUUUAUGGACAGAGUGUUUCUAGCAUUUGGAUGUUUAAAUAGAGAGAAAAAAUGA